GCAGCGCGGCCCCCUCCCGCCCCCGGCUCCCGACAGCAGAAGCAGCCGGCAGCGCCAGGGGCCGCCGCCGCCGCCGCCGCCGGGCUCCGCGGGGCUCGGGAGCCGGCCCCGGCCAGGAGGCGCGGAACCAUGGCCGAUGGGGGCGAGGGCGAAGACGAGAUCCAGUUCCUGCGAACUGAUGAUGAAGUGGUUCUGCAGUGCACCGCAACCAUCCACAAAGAACAACAGAAACUAUGCUUGGCAGCAGAAGGAUUUGGCAACAGACUUUGUUUCUUGGAGUCCACUUCUAAUUCCAAGAAUGUGCCCCCAGACCUCUCCAUCUGCACCUUUGUGCUGGAGCAGUCCCUCUCUGUCCGGGCCCUGCAGGAGAUGCUGGCUAACACCGUGGAGAAAUCAGAAGGGCAAGUUGAUGUGGAAAAAUGGAAAUUCAUGAUGAAGACUGCUCAAGGUGGUGGUCAUCGAACACUCCUCUAUGGACAUGCCAUAUUGCUGCGCCAUUCCUACAGUGGCAUGUAUCUGUGCUGCCUGUCCACCUCCCGGUCUUCAACUGAUAAGCUGGCUUUUGAUGUUGGCUUGCAAGAGGACACCACAGGAGAGGCUUGUUGGUGGACCAUACACCCUGCCUCUAAGCAGCGAUCAGAAGGAGAAAAAGUACGAGUUGGAGAUGACCUCAUCUUAGUUAGCGUGUCCUCUGAAAGGUACUUGCACUUGUCUUACGGCAACGGCAGCUUACAUGUGGAUGCCGCUUUCCAGCAGACUCUCUGGAGCGUGGCCCCAAUCAGCUCAGGAAGUGAGGCAGCCCAAGGGUAUCUCAUUGGUGGUGAUGUCCUCAGGUUGCUGCAUGGACACAUGGACGAGUGUCUCACUGUCCCUUCAGGAGAACAUGGUGAAGAGCAGCGGAGAACUGUUCAUUACGAAGGUGGCGCUGUGUCUGUUCAUGCACGUUCCCUUUGGAGACUAGAGACACUAAGAGUUGCGUGGAGUGGAAGCCACAUAAGAUGGGGCCAGCCGUUCCGACUACGCCAUGUCACAACAGGAAAAUACUUGAGUCUCAUGGAAGACAAAAACCUUCUACUCAUGGACAAAGAGAAAGCUGAUGUAAAAUCAACAGCAUUUACCUUCCGGUCUUCCAAGGAAAAAUUGGAUGUAGGGGUGAGAAAAGAAGUCGAUGGCAUGGGAACAUCUGAAAUAAAAUACGGUGACUCAGUAUGCUAUAUACAACAUGUGGACACGGGCCUAUGGCUUACUUACCAGUCUGUGGAUGUGAAAUCUGUGAGAAUGGGAUCUAUACAACGUAAGGCUAUUAUGCACCAUGAAGGCCACAUGGAUGAUGGCAUAAGUUUAUCGAGAUCCCAGCAUGAAGAAUCACGCACAGCACGAGUUAUCCGGAGCACAGUCUUCCUUUUCAAUAGAUUUAUAAGGGGCCUCGAUGCGCUCAGCAAGAAAGCGAAGGCUACCACCGUCGAUUUGCCGAUAGAAUCCGUGAGUCUAAGUCUGCAGGAUCUCAUUGGCUACUUUCACCCGCCCGAUGAGCAUUUAGAACAUGAAGACAAACAGAACAGACUACGAGCCCUGAAGAAUCGGCAAAAUCUCUUCCAGGAAGAGGGAAUGAUCAACCUCGUGCUCGAGUGCAUAGACCGACUGCACGUCUACAGCAGUGCAGCACACUUUGCUGAUGUUGCUGGGCGAGAAGCGGGGGAGUCUUGGAAAUCCAUUCUGAAUUCUCUGUAUGAGUUGCUGGCGGCUCUAAUUAGAGGAAAUCGUAAAAACUGUGCACAGUUUUCCGGCUCCCUUGACUGGUUGAUCAGCAGAUUGGAAAGACUGGAAGCUUCUUCGGGCAUUCUGGAAGUUUUACACUGUGUUUUAGUAGAAAGUCCAGAAGCUCUAAAUAUUAUUAAAGAAGGACAUAUUAAAUCCAUUAUCUCACUUUUAGACAAGCAUGGAAGAAAUCACAAGGUCCUGGACGUGUUGUGCUCACUCUGUGUUUGCCAUGGGGUUGCAGUCCGUUCUAACCAGCACCUCAUCUGUGACAAUCUCUUACCAGGAAGAGAUCUGUUAUUGCAGACACGUCUUGUGAACCACGUCAGCAGCAUGAGACCCAAUAUUUUUCUGGGCGUCAGUGAAGGUUCUGCUCAGUAUAAGAAAUGGUACUAUGAAUUGAUGGUGGACCACACAGAGCCCUUUGUGACAGCUGAAGCAACGCACCUGCGAGUGGGCUGGGCUUCCACUGAAGGGUAUUCUCCCUACCCUGGAGGGGGCGAAGAGUGGGGUGGAAAUGGUGUUGGAGAUGAUCUCUUCUCCUAUGGAUUUGAUGGCCUUCAUCUCUGGUCAGGUUGUAUUGCUCGUACUGUAAGCUCACCAAACCAACAUCUGUUAAGAACUGAUGAUGUCAUCAGUUGCUGUUUAGAUCUAAGUGCCCCAAGCAUCUCGUUCCGAAUUAAUGGACAACCUGUUCAAGGAAUGUUUGAGAAUUUCAACAUCGAUGGCCUCUUCUUUCCAGUCGUUAGUUUCUCUGCGGGAAUAAAAGUACGCUUUCUGCUUGGGGGGCGACAUGGAGAAUUCAAAUUUCUUCCUCCACCCGGGUACGCUCCUUGUUAUGAAGCUGUUCUGCCAAAAGAAAAGUUGAAAGUGGAACACAGCCGAGAGUACAAGCAAGAAAGAACUUACACACGCGACCUGCUGGGCCCCACGGUUUCCCUGACACAAGCUGCCUUCACACCGAUCCCUGUGGAUACCAGCCAGAUUGUGUUGCCUCCUCAUCUAGAAAGAAUAAGAGAAAAACUGGCAGAGAAUAUCCAUGAACUCUGGGUUAUGAAUAAAAUUGAGCUUGGCUGGCAGUAUGGACCGGUUAGAGAUGACAACAAGAGACAGCACCCAUGCCUGGUGGAGUUCUCCAAGCUGCCUGAACAGGAGCGCAAUUACAACUUACAAAUGUCGCUUGAGACCCUGAAGACUUUGUUGGCAUUAGGAUGUCAUGUGGGUAUAUCAGAUGAACAUGCUGAAGACAAGGUGAAAAAAAUGAAGCUACCCAAGAAUUACCAGCUGACAAGUGGAUACAAGCCCGCCCCUAUGGACCUGAGCUUUAUCAAACUCACCCCGUCUCAAGAAGCAAUGGUGGACAAGUUGGCAGAAAAUGCACACAAUGUGUGGGCGCGGGAUCGAAUCCGGCAGGGCUGGACUUACGGCAUCCAGCAGGACGUAAAGAACAGAAGAAAUCCUCGCCUUGUUCCCUACACUCUUCUGGAUGACCGAACCAAGAAAUCCAACAAGGACAGCCUCCGCGAGGCCGUGCGCACGCUGCUGGGGUACGGUUACAACUUGGAAGCACCAGAUCAAGACCAUGCAGCCAGAGCCGAAGUGUGCAGCGGCACUGGGGAAAGGUUCCGAAUCUUCCGUGCCGAGAAGACUUACGCAGUGAAGGCGGGACGGUGGUAUUUUGAAUUUGAGACGGUCACUGCUGGAGACAUGAGAGUUGGUUGGAGUCGGCCUGGUUGUCAACCGGAUCAGGAGCUCGGCUCGGAUGAACGUGCCUUUGCCUUUGAUGGCUUCAAGGCCCAGCGGUGGCAUCAGGGCAACGAACACUAUGGGCGCUCUUGGCAAGCAGGCGAUGUCGUGGGCUGUAUGGUUGACAUGAACGAACACACCAUGAUGUUCACACUGAACGGUGAAAUCCUUCUUGAUGAUUCAGGUUCAGAACUGGCUUUCAAGGACUUUGAUGUUGGCGACGGAUUCAUACCUGUGUGUAGCCUUGGAGUGGCUCAAGUGGGCAGGAUGAACUUUGGAAAGGAUGUCAGCACCUUGAAAUACUUCACCAUCUGUGGCUUACAAGAGGGCUAUGAACCAUUUGCCGUUAAUACAAACAGGGAUAUUACUAUGUGGCUGAGCAAGAGGCUUCCUCAGUUUCUCCAAGUUCCAUCAAACCAUGAACAUAUAGAGGUGACCAGAAUAGACGGCACCAUAGACAGUUCCCCAUGUUUAAAGGUCACUCAGAAGUCUUUUGGUUCUCAGAACAGCCACACUGAUAUCAUGUUCUAUCGCCUGAGCAUGCCGAUCGAGUGCGCGGAGGUCUUCUCCAAGACUGUGGCUGGAGGGCUCCCUGGGGCUGGCCUUUUUGGGCCCAAGAAUGAUUUGGAAGAUUAUGAUGCUGAUUCUGACUUUGAGGUUCUGAUGAAGACAGCUCAUGGCCAUCUAGUGCCCGAUCGUGUUGACAAAGACAAAGAAGCUACCAAGCCAGAGUUUAAUAACCACAAAGAUUAUGCCCAGGAAAAGCCCUCUCGUCUGAAACAAAGAUUUUUGCUUAGAAGAACAAAGCCAGAUUACAGCACGAGCCAUUCUGCAAGACUCACCGAAGAUGUCCUUGCUGAUGAUCGGGAUGAUUAUGAUUUCUUGAUGCAAACGUCCACGUACUAUUACUCAGUGAGAAUCUUCCCUGGACAAGAACCUGCUAAUGUCUGGGUGGGCUGGAUUACAUCGGAUUUCCAUCAGUAUGACACAGGCUUUGACUUGGACAGAGUUCGCACAGUAACAGUUACUCUAGGAGAUGAAAAAGGAAAAGUGCAUGAAAGCUUUGCCAUUGACUCGCUGUGUGGCUUUGGCAUCAAACGCAGCAACUGCUAUAUGGUAUGUGCGGGUGAGAGCAUGAGCCCCGGGCAAGGACGCAACAAUAAUGGACUGGAGAUCGGCUGUGUGGUGGAUGCUGCCAGCGGGCUGCUCACGUUCAUUGCCAAUGGCAAGGAACUGAGCACAUACUAUCAGGUGGAGCCGAGUACAAAAUUAUUUCCUGCGGUUUUUGCACAAGCUACAAGUCCCAAUGUUUUCCAGUUUGAGUUGGGAAGAAUAAAGAAUGUGAUGCCUCUCUCGGCGGGAUUAUUCAAGAGUGAGCACAAGAACCCCGUGCCGCAGUGUCCCCCGCGCCUCCACGUGCAGUUCCUGUCACACGUGCUGUGGAGCAGAAUGCCCAACCAGUUUUUGAAGGUAGAUGUGUCUCGAAUAAGUGAACGCCAAGGCUGGUUGGUGCAGUGUUUGGAUCCCCUGCAGUUCAUGUCUCUUCAUAUCCCUGAGGAAAACAGAUCUGUUGACAUCUUGGAGUUGACAGAGCAGGAGGAGUUGCUGAAAUUUCACUAUCACACUCUGCGGCUCUACUCAGCUGUCUGUGCUCUUGGGAACCACCGGGUGGCCCACGCCCUGUGCAGCCACGUGGAUGAACCUCAGCUCCUCUACGCCAUUGAGAACAAGUACAUGCCUGGCUUGCUGCGUGCUGGCUACUAUGACCUGCUGAUCGACAUCCACCUGAGCUCCUAUGCCACUGCCAGGCUCAUGAUGAACAACGAGUACAUUGUCCCCAUGACGGAGGAGACGAAGAGCAUCACCCUGUUCCCCGAUGAGAACAAAAAGCAUGGCCUUCCAGGGAUCGGCCUCAGCACCUCUCUCAGGCCACGGAUGCAGUUUUCCUCCCCCAGUUUUGUAAGUGUUAGUAAUGAAUGUUACCAGUAUAGUCCAGAGUUCCCACUGGACAUCCUCAAGGCCAAGACCAUACAGAUGCUGACGGAAGCUGUUAAAGAGGGCAGUCUUCAUGCCCGGGACCCAGUUGGAGGGACUACUGAAUUCCUCUUUGUGCCUCUCAUCAAGCUUUUCUAUACCCUGCUAAUCAUGGGCAUCUUCCACAACGAGGACUUGAAGCACAUCUUGCAGCUUAUCGAGCCCAGUGUGUUUAAAGAAGCGGCCACUCCAGAGGAGGAGAGUGAUACACUGGAGAAAGAGCUCAGUGUGGAUGACGCAAAGCUGCAAGGAGCUGGUGAGGAAGAAGCCAAGGGGGGCAAGCGGCCCAAGGAAGGCCUGCUCCAAAUGAAACUGCCAGAGCCAGUUAAAUUGCAGAUGUGCCUACUGCUUCAAUACCUCUGUGACUGCCAGGUCCGGCACCGGAUAGAAGCCAUUGUAGCCUUUUCAGAUGAUUUUGUAGCUAAGCUCCAAGACAAUCAACGUUUCCGAUACAACGAAGUUAUGCAAGCCUUAAACAUGUCAGCUGCACUCACAGCCAGGAAAACAAAGGAAUUCAGAUCACCACCUCAAGAGCAGAUCAAUAUGCUUCUCAAUUUUAAGGAUGACAAAAGUGAAUGUCCGUGUCCAGAAGAAAUUCGUGACCAACUAUUGGAUUUCCAUGAAGAUUUGAUGACGCAUUGUGGAAUUGAGCUGGAUGAAGAUGGGUCUCUGGAUGGAAACAGUGAUUUAACAAUUAGAGGGCGUCUGCUAUCCCUGGUAGAAAAGGUGACAUACCUGAAGAAGAAGCAAGCAGAAAAACCAGUUGAGAGUGACUCCAAAAAGUCCUCCACUCUGCAGCAGCUGAUCUCUGAGACCAUGGUCAGAUGGGCUCAGGAGUCUGUCAUUGAAGACCCCGAGCUGGUGAGGGCCAUGUUUGUGUUGCUCCAUCGGCAGUAUGAUGGCAUUGGGGGUCUUGUUCGGGCCCUGCCAAAGACCUACACGAUAAAUGGUGUGUCCGUGGAGGACACCAUCAACCUGCUGGCGUCCCUUGGUCAGAUUCGGUCCCUGCUGAGUGUGAGAAUGGGCAAAGAAGAGGAGAAGCUUAUGAUUCGCGGAUUAGGGGAUAUUAUGAAUAACAAGGUGUUUUACCAGCACCCUAAUCUCAUGAGGGCACUGGGGAUGCAUGAGACUGUGAUGGAGGUCAUGGUGAACGUCCUUGGAGGUGGAGAGUCCAAGGAAAUCACCUUUCCCAAGAUGGUGGCCAACUGUUGCCGUUUUCUCUGUUACUUCUGUCGUAUAAGUAGGCAGAAUCAAAAAGCUAUGUUUGAUCAUCUCAGUUAUUUACUGGAAAACAGCAGUGUUGGUCUUGCCUCCCCAGCUAUGAGAGGUUCAACACCACUGGAUGUGGCUGCAGCUUCGGUGAUGGAUAAUAAUGAACUAGCAUUAGCUCUGCGUGAGCCGGAUCUAGAAAAGGUAGUUCGUUACUUGGCUGGUUGUGGACUGCAGAGUUGCCAGUUGCUGGUGUCUAAGGGUUACCCAGACAUUGGGUGGAAUCCAGUUGAAGGAGAGAGAUACCUUGACUUUCUCAGAUUUGCUGUCUUCUGUAAUGGGGAGAGUGUGGAGGAGAAUGCAAAUGUCGUGGUGAGAUUGCUUAUUCGGAGGCCUGAGUGUUUUGGUCCUGCUUUGAGAGGAGAAGGUGGGAAUGGGCUUCUUGCAGCAAUGGAAGAAGCCAUCAAAAUCGCCGAGGAUCCUUCUCGAGAUGGUCCCUCACCAAAUAGCGGAUCCAGUAAAACACUUGAUACAGAGGAGGAGGAAGAUGACACUAUCCACAUGGGGAACGCGAUCAUGACCUUCUAUGCAGCUUUGAUUGACCUCUUGGGACGCUGUGCGCCUGAGAUGCAUUUGAUUCAUGCUGGUAAGGGAGAAGCCAUCAGAAUUAGGUCUAUUUUGAGAUCCCUAAUUCCCUUGGGAGAUUUGGUGGGCGUUAUCAGCAUCGCUUUUCAGAUGCCAACAAUAGCCAAAGAUGGGAAUGUGGUGGAACCUGACAUGUCUGCGGGGUUUUGCCCAGAUCACAAGGCAGCCAUGGUUUUAUUCCUUGACAGGGUCUAUGGAAUUGAGGUUCAAGACUUCCUCCUCCAUCUUCUUGAGGUUGGCUUUCUGCCAGAUCUCCGGGCGGCUGCUUCUUUAGAUACGGCGGCUUUGAGUGCUACAGACAUGGCCUUGGCCCUCAAUCGGUACCUUUGCACGGCCGUCUUGCCGUUGCUAACAAGAUGUGCUCCUCUCUUUGCUGGCACAGAGCACCAUGCUUCUCUCAUUGACUCAUUGCUUCAUACUGUGUAUAGACUUUCUAAGGGCUGUUCACUUACCAAAGCUCAGCGGGAUUCUAUAGAAGUUUGUUUGCUCUCUAUUUGUGGACAACUGAGACCUUCUAUGAUGCAGCACUUACUCAGAAGAUUAGUAUUUGAUGUUCCAUUAUUAAAUGAACAUGCAAAGAUGCCUCUGAAACUGCUGACAAAUCAUUAUGAAAGAUGCUGGAAAUAUUACUGCCUGCCUGGAGGGUGGGGAAACUUUGGUGCUGCCUCAGAAGAAGAACUUCAUUUAUCAAGAAAGUUGUUCUGGGGCAUUUUUGAUGCCCUGUCUCAAAAGAAAUAUGAACAAGAGCUUUUCAAACUGGCACUGCCUUGCCUGAGUGCAGUUGCGGGAGCUUUGCCUCCAGACUACAUGGAGUCAAAUUAUGUCAGUAUGAUGGAAAAACAGUCAUCAAUGGAUUCUGAAGGGAACUUUAACCCACAACCUGUUGAUACCUCAAAUAUUACAAUUCCUGAGAAGUUGGAAUACUUCAUUAACAAAUAUGCAGAACACUCGCAUGACAAAUGGUCAAUGGACAAGUUGGCAAAUGGAUGGAUUUAUGGAGAAAUAUAUUCAGACUCUUCUAAGGUUCAACCAUUAAUGAAGCCAUACAAGCUAUUGUCUGAAAAGGAAAAAGAAAUUUAUCGCUGGCCAAUCAAAGAAUCUUUAAAAACUAUGCUGGCUUGGGGCUGGAGAAUUGAAAGAACUCGAGAGGGAGACAGCAUGGCCCUUUACAACCGGACUCGUCGUAUUUCUCAGACAAGCCAGGUUUCUGUAGACGCUGCCCAUGGUUACAGUCCCCGGGCCAUUGACAUGAGCAAUGUUACGCUAUCUAGAGACCUGCAUGCUAUGGCAGAAAUGAUGGCUGAAAACUACCAUAAUAUAUGGGCAAAGAAAAAGAAAAUGGAGUUGGAGUCCAAAGGAGGAGGUAACCACCCUCUGCUGGUGCCCUAUGAUACACUGACAGCCAAAGAGAAAGCCAAGGAUAGAGAAAAAGCACAGGACAUCCUCAAGUUCUUGCAGAUCAAUGGAUAUGCUGUAUCCAGAGGAUUUAAGGACCUGGAACUGGACACGCCUUCUAUUGAGAAACGAUUUGCCUACAGUUUCCUCCAACAACUCAUUCGCUAUGUGGAUGAAGCCCAUCAGUAUAUCCUGGAGUUUGAUCCUGACUUCCUGCAGUGUUUUAGUUUGUAUCUUAAAUUGAGAAGCUUUAACUUUCGGUCACACCAAGAGGCAAUCUGUAUUAUUAGAGGCCAGGAUGGUGGCAGCAGAGGCAAAGGAGAACAUUUCCCUUAUGAACAAGAAAUCAAGUUCUUUGCAAAAGUCGUUCUUCCUUUAAUUGAUCAGUAUUUCAAAAACCAUCGUUUAUACUUCUUAUCUGCAGCAAGCAGACCUCUCUGCUCUGGAGGACAUGCUUCCAACAAAGAGAAAGAAAUGGUGACUAGCCUAUUCUGCAAACUUGGAGUUCUUGUCAGGCAUAGGAUUUCACUAUUUGGCAAUGAUGCAACAUCAAUUGUCAACUGUCUUCAUAUUUUGGGUCAGACUUUGGAUGCAAGGACAGUGAUGAAGACUGGCCUGGAGAGUGUUAAAAGUGCACUCAGAGCUUUUCUGGACAAUGCCGCAGAGGAUCUGGAGAAGACCAUGGAAAACCUCAAGCAGGGCCAGUUCACUCACACCCGAAACCAGCCCAAAGGGGUUACUCAGAUUAUCAAUUACACCACAGUGGCCCUGCUUCCAAUGCUGUCGUCAUUAUUUGAACAUAUUGGCCAGCAUCAGUUCGGAGAAGACCUCAUAUUGGAAGAUGUCCAGGUGUCUUGUUAUAGAAUUCUGACUAGCUUAUAUGCUUUGGGAACCAGCAAGAGUAUUUAUGUGGAGAGGCAACGUUCUGCAUUAGGAGAAUGUCUUGCUGCGUUUGCUGGUGCCUUUCCUGUAGCAUUUUUGGAAACUCAUCUGGACAAACAUAAUAUUUACUCCAUCUACAAUACCAAGUCUUCACGAGAAAGAGCAGCUCUCAGUUUGCCAACUAAUGUGGAAGAUGUUUGUCCAAAUAUACCGUCUUUGGAGAAACUCAUGGAAGAAAUCGUGGAAUUAGCUGAGUCCGGCAUUCGCUACACUCAAAUGCCACAUGUGAUGGAAGUCAUACUGCCCAUGCUUUGCAGCUACAUGUCUCGUUGGUGGGAGCAUGGGCCUGAGAACAAUCCAGAACGGGCCGAGAUGUGCUGCACAGCCCUGAACUCAGAGCACAUGAACACACUUCUAGGGAACAUAUUGAAAAUCAUAUAUAAUAACUUGGGGAUUGAUGAGGGAGCCUGGAUGAAGAGGCUAGCAGUGUUUUCCCAGCCUAUAAUAAAUAAAGUGAAACCUCAGCUCUUGAAAACUCAUUUCUUGCCGUUAAUGGAGAAACUCAAGAAAAAGGCAGCCAUGGUGGUGUCUGAGGAAGAUCACCUGAAAGCCGAGGCCAGGGGGGACAUGUCAGAGGCUGAACUCCUCAUCCUAGAUGAGUUCACCACGCUGGCCAGAGAUCUCUAUGCCUUCUACCCUCUCUUGAUUAGAUUUGUGGACUAUAACAGGGCAAAGUGGCUGAAGGAGCCUAACCCGGAAGCAGAGGAGCUCUUCCGCAUGGUGGCAGAAGUGUUUAUCUACUGGUCGAAAUCCCAUAAUUUCAAAAGAGAAGAGCAGAACUUCGUUGUACAGAAUGAAAUCAACAAUAUGUCUUUCCUUAUUACUGAUACCAAGUCCAAGAUGUCCAAGGCAGCGGUUUCUGAUCAGGAAAGGAAGAAAAUGAAGCGCAAAGGAGAUCGGUAUUCCAUGCAGACCUCUCUGAUUGUAGCAGCUCUGAAGCGCUUACUGCCCAUUGGGUUGAACAUCUGUGCCCCAGGGGACCAGGAGCUCAUUGCUCUAGCCAAAAAUCGAUUUAGCCUGAAAGAUACUGAGGAUGAAGUACGAGAUAUAAUCCGCAGCAAUAUUCAUUUACAAGGCAAGUUGGAGGAUCCUGCUAUUAGAUGGCAAAUGGCUCUUUACAAAGACUUGCCAAACAGGACUGAUGAUACCUCAGAUCCAGAGAAGACGGUAGAAAGAGUAUUGGAUAUAGCAAAUGUGCUUUUUCAUCUUGAACAGAAGUCUAAACGUGUGGGUCGGAGACAUUACUGUCUGGUGGAACAUCCUCAGAGAUCUAAAAAGGCUGUAUGGCAUAAACUACUCUCCAAGCAGAGGAAAAGAGCUGUUGUCGCCUGCUUCCGGAUGGCCCCCUUAUAUAAUCUGCCAAGGCAUCGGGCUGUCAAUCUCUUUCUUCAGGGAUAUGAAAAGUCUUGGAUUGAAACAGAAGAACAUUACUUUGAAGAUAAACUGAUAGAAGAUUUAGCAAAACCUGGGGCUGACCCUCCAGAAGAAGAUGAAGGCACUAAGAGAGUUGAUCCUCUACAUCAGCUGAUCCUUCUGUUUAGUCGGACAGCUUUAACAGAGAAAUGCAAACUGGAGGAAGAUUUUUUAUAUAUGGCCUAUGCAGAUAUUAUGGCAAAGAGUUGUCAUGAUGAGGAAGAUGAUGACGGGGAAGAGGAAGUGAAGAGUUUUGAAGUCACAGGAUCCCAACGCAGCAAGGAAAAAGAAAUGGAAAAGCAAAAGCUUCUAUACCAGCAAGCGCGACUCCACGACCGUGGUGCGGCUGAGAUGGUGCUGCAGACCAUCAGUGCCAGCAAAGGUGAAACUGGACCAAUGGUAGCAGCUACUUUGAAACUUGGAAUUGCUAUUUUAAAUGGUGGGAACUCCACAGUACAGCAGAAAAUGCUUGACUACCUCAAGGAGAAAAAGGAUGUGGGCUUCUUUCAGAGCCUGGCCGGCCUGAUGCAGUCAUGUAGUGUCCUUGACCUAAAUGCAUUUGAGCGACAAAACAAAGCUGAAGGUCUUGGGAUGGUGACAGAGGAAGGAUCAGCCUCUCACUUUGAAAGUCACAGACUGCGGACUGGAGAAAAGGUUCUACAGGACGAUGAGUUCACCUGUGACCUCUUCCGAUUCCUGCAGCUACUCUGUGAGGGACACAACUCAGAUUUUCAGAAUUAUCUGAGAACUCAGACUGGCAAUAAUACAACUGUCAACAUAAUCAUCUCCACUGUAGACUACCUACUGAGAGUUCAGGAAUCAAUUAGUGACUUUUACUGGUAUUACUCUGGGAAAGAUGUUAUUGAUGAACAAGGACAACGGAAUUUCUCCAAAGCUAUUCAAGUGGCAAAACAAGUCUUUAACACUCUUACAGAGUAUAUUCAGGGUCCUUGCACUGGGAAUCAACAGAGUUUGGCACACAGCAGGCUGUGGGAUGCUGUGGUCGGCUUUCUUCAUGUAUUUGCCCACAUGCAGAUGAAGCUGUCGCAGGAUUCCAGUCAGAUUGAGCUUUUAAAAGAAUUAAUGGAUCUGCAGAAGGAUAUGGUGGUCAUGUUGCUGUCCAUGCUAGAAGGUAAUGUUGUUAACGGAACGAUUGGCAAACAGAUGGUGGAUAUGCUUGUGGAAUCUUCCAACAAUGUGGAGAUGAUUCUCAAAUUUUUUGACAUGUUCUUAAAACUGAAAGAUUUGACGUCGUCUGAUACUUUUAAAGAAUAUGACCCCGAUGGCAAGGGAGUCAUUUCCAAGAGGGACUUCCACAAAGCGAUGGAGAGUCAUAAGCACUACACGCAGUCAGAAACGGAAUUUCUUUUGUCUUGUGCGGAGACGGAUGAGAAUGAAACCCUUGACUAUGAGGAGUUCGUCAAACGCUUCCACGAACCUGCAAAGGACAUCGGCUUCAAUGUCGCCGUCCUUCUGACAAACCUCUCUGAGCACAUGCCCAACGAUACCCGACUUCAGACUUUCCUAGAAUUAGCAGAGAGUGUCCUGAAUUAUUUCCAGCCCUUUCUGGGCCGCAUCGAAAUCAUGGGAAGCGCCAAACGCAUCGAGAGAGUCUAUUUUGAAAUCAGUGAGUCUAGCCGAACCCAGUGGGAGAAGCCCCAGGUCAAGGAGUCCAAACGACAGUUCAUAUUUGAUGUGGUCAAUGAAGGAGGAGAAAAAGAGAAGAUGGAACUCUUUGUGAACUUCUGCGAGGACACCAUCUUUGAAAUGCAGCUGGCGGCUCAGAUCUCAGAGUCGGAUUUGAACGAGAGGUCAGCGAAUAAGGAAGAAAGUGAGAAGGAGAGGCCGGAAGAGCAGGGGCCGAGAAUGGCUUUCUUCUCCAUUCUGACGGUCAAGUCGGCCCUGUUUGCGCUCAGGUACAAUAUCUUGACCCUUAUGCGAAUGCUCAGUCUGAAGAGCCUGAAGAAGCAGAUGAAAAAAGUCAAAAAGAUGACCGUGAAGGACAUGGUCACGGCCUUCUUUUCAUCCUACUGGAGUAUUUUUAUGACCCUCUUGCACUUCGUGGCCAGCGUUUUCAGAGGCUUUUUCCGCAUCAUUUGCAGCCUGCUGCUUGGGGGAAGCCUCGUCGAAGGUGCUAAAAAGAUCAAAGUUGCAGAACUCUUAGCCAACAUGCCAGACCCCACUCAGGAUGAGGUUAGAGGAGAUGGGGAGGAGGGAGAGAGGAAAACCCUGGAAGCCGCCCUGCCCUCUGAGGAUCUGACCGACUUAAAGGAGCUGACAGAAGAGAGUGACCUUCUUUCGGACAUCUUCGGCCUGGAUCUGAAGAGAGAAGGAGGACAGUACAAACUAAUCCCUCAUAAUCCAAAUGCUGGGCUCAGUGACCUCAUGAGCAACCCAGUCCCCAUGCCUGAGGUGCAAGAAAAAUUUCAGGAACAGAAGGCAAAAGAAGAAGAAAAGGAAGAAAAAGAAGAAACCAAAUCUGAACCUGAAAAAGCCGAGGGAGAAGAUGGAGAAAAAGAAGAGAAAGCCAAGGAAGACAAGGGCAAACAAAAGUUGAGGCAGCUUCACACACACAGAUACGGAGAACCGGAAGUGCCCGAGUCAGCGUUCUGGAAGAAAAUCAUAGCAUACCAACAGAAACUUCUAAACUAUUUUGCUCGCAACUUUUACAACAUGAGAAUGUUAGCCUUAUUUGUUGCAUUUGCUAUCAAUUUCAUCUUGCUCUUUUAUAAGGUCUCCACUUCUUCUGUGGUUGAAGGAAAGGAGCUCCCCACUAGAAGUUCAAGUGAAAAUGCCAAAGUGACCAGCCUGGACAGCAGCUCCCAUAGAAUCAUCGCAGUUCACUAUGUACUGGAGGAGAGCAGUGGCUACAUGGAGCCCACGUUGCGUAUCUUAGCUAUUCUCCACACGGUCAUUUCCUUCUUCUGCAUCAUUGGAUACUACUGCUUGAAAGUCCCAUUGGUUAUUUUUAAGCGAGAAAAGGAAGUAGCACGGAAAUUGGAAUUUGAUGGGCUUUAUAUUACAGAACAGCCUUCAGAAGAUGAUAUUAAAGGCCAGUGGGAUAGACUCGUAAUCAACACACAGUCAUUUCCCAACAACUACUGGGACAAAUUUGUUAAAAGAAAGGUAAUGGAUAAGUACGGAGAGUUCUACGGCCGAGACAGAAUUAGUGAAUUACUUGGCAUGGACAAGGCAGCUCUGGACUUCAGUGAUGCCAGAGAAAAGAAGAAGCCAAAGAAAGACAGCUCCUUAUCAGCUGUACUGAACUCUAUUGAUGUGAAGUAUCAGAUGUGGAAACUAGGAGUGGUUUUCACUGACAACUCCUUCCUCUACCUAGCCUGGUAUAUGACUAUGUCUGUUCUUGGACACUAUAACAACUUUUUUUUUGCUGCUCACCUUCUCGACAUUGCUAUGGGAUUCAAGACAUUAAGAACCAUCUUGUCCUCAGUAACUCACAAUGGCAAACAGCUCGUAUUAACUGUUGGCUUGUUAGCUGUUGUUGUGUACCUGUACACCGUGGUGGCAUUCAAUUUUUUCCGAAAAUUCUACAAUAAAAGUGAAGACGGUGAUACACCAGAUAUGAAAUGUGAUGAUAUGCUAACGUGCUAUAUGUUCCACAUGUAUGUUGGAGUUCGUGCCGGAGGAGGGAUCGGGGAUGAAAUCGAAGACCCAGCAGGAGAUGAAUAUGAGAUCUAUCGAAUCAUCUUUGACAUCACUUUCUUCUUCUUUGUUAUUGUCAUUCUCUUGGCCAUAAUACAAGGUCUAAUUAUCGAUGCUUUUGGAGAACUAAGAGACCAACAGGAACAAGUCAAAGAAGACAUGGAGACCAAAUGCUUCAUCUGUGGGAUAGGCAAUGAUUACUUCGACACAGUGCCACAUGGCUUUGAAACCCACACUUUACAGGAGCACAACUUGGCUAAUUACUUGUUUUUUCUGAUGUAUCUUAUAAACAAAGACGAAACAGAACACACAGGACAGGAAUCUUAUGUCUGGAAGAUGUAUCAAGAAAGGUGCUGGGAAUUUUUCCCAGCAGGGGAUUGUUUCCGGAAACAGUAUGAGGACCAGCUAAAUUAAACAAACUCAGACCCCAAUCACCUCUCAAAACCAAAACCCCACCCCUCUCUCAAUUUCUCUGCUCUCUUGGAAACAUUUUGCUGAUUUUGUGAAUUGCCAGCGUUGUGUGUUUUCUGGGAGCAUCGAAACUCUGUUUCGGGAGACCUGUUUCCCCACCCCCCGCCACCUUCUGUAUUUACGUUGAGACUAAACACGGAAGAAUAAUCUAAAUUCAUACUCAGACAAAAAAAUGAAUUCUGGAAAGAAAACCAUUCUGGACACUGUCAUAACACACAUAGACAGAUAUUCUUCUGAGGCUCCUGGAGUCUUCUCGAGCUACGGGACCUUCACAGAGACGCGUGGCAGCCACACUCACCCGGCCUCUUUAUUUCACCAUCCUGGAAGGAAGCUGUCUAAUGGUCACAGAGCACUGUAGCACUUAACAGACUGCCAUGGACACCAGUUGCGAAGGGAAAUAGUGCCUUACUAUAUGUGGGUUGAGCUAUGCAGAAGAUAUGUGCAUGAAAAAACAUCUUUAUUUUCUUUAUGUCGACCUUUCUUUUCUUAGAUUGAUUUUAUGAGGUUUUUUUUUUUUUCCUUUAGUCUUUUCUUUGGUGGGGGAGGGUAAGAAAAGCAGUUUGCACCUUAAAAAGAGAAAAAAAAAAAAAGCGGGUGGUGUGUCUCAGGACGAAAGGAGGCUCUUCUCAUUCAGCUAAAUUCACAUUUGCCCUCCCUCCCCCGGCCCCCGCCAUAUGCUCCUGCUAUUAUUUUGGUAAUGCUCUGAUGCAACAUUGCAACUUUAUGAAAUCUUUGUAUGAAAACAAAAAGACUGCAAAAAAUACACUUUCAAAAGAAACCAUUCAUUGCAUGUUUAUUAUGCAAGUUUAAAUGAACAAAGAAAACCUUCGGAAACAAGUUGAUCAACGUGAGAGAAAUUUCAUGAUAAUUAUAUUCAUAGUAAUAAAGUGUCGUGGGCUUAAUUGUAUAUCUGGAGCCAGUGUCAUCCACCAACAAUGUGAUACGUUAUGAACUUGACAGUAGUUUUGGGCUUUUCUCUUUCUUUCAGCCACCUGUGAUCAGUUUUGUUGAUUAAGGACUUCUUGUCAGGUCAUUUUUUAAUAUUAAAGCUGAAGCAAUAUCCAUUCAGGGAUUUCAUCAGUUGCAUCACAAAUGAUAAUAUACAUCACUCCAUUUUUUUCCAUUUUGAGUCCUUUUAAAUGUAAUGCUAACCUUUACAAUUAAAAAGUCAGAUUCAGAAUGGAAACAAGGUCAUUUUGCAAACAUUGGAGCUCUUUUAUUACAAGUCUGCUUGUUAAUUUUAGAAUUGUAAAACCGCUCUGAUUAAACUAUUUAACUAAC